AUGGACUUCAUAUCGCAAUUCACUGCUUCCUUUCUUUUCGUGAUCCUGUCAAUUCUUGCUGUUGGAUCUUUGCCUCAGUUCCUAGCAAGACUUUUCCCCAGCAAACCAGCGUCGAAGAAUCGAGAGUUGUCAACGAAGUCUGGCAAUGCCGAACUAUCCAUUGCCUCGCUUUCCGACCAGAUCUCUGAACUAUCUUCGCAAAUAUCAGCAUGUCUCUCAGAAGCUGGUCAAUCCGAGCCAGAUUUCAGCACCUCUGUAGCGAGUGUGCUGCUUACGACACCGGAAUAUGAAUCAUUGCGAGCUUCCCUGAAUGACGCUGCCCUCGAUCUGUUGCGUCUGGUCAAUGGUCCGCGAAACACCUUGCGAACAAUGUGCUUUUCACAUUAUGAUCUCUCCUCUUUACAGAUAGCACUUGAACGGGGCUUCUUCGUCCACGUUCCGUUGCCAAAAGAAAUCCAAGGCAAAGAAGACGCCGGUAUCCAUAUUGCAAGAAUUGCAGAGAAGGCUAAGAUGGAUGUGGACCGAGCUGCUAGAGUACUUCGCUUGUUGGCCACUCAUCGCAUCUUUGAGGAAGUGGGUAGUGGGAGCGGAAGGUUCAGACACACGGCAAUGUCUGCUCUGAUGGCGAGAGACAAGGAUUUUCAUGCCAUGGCUCAUAUGCAAAUGGACGAAAUAUUCAAAGCGGCUUCAGAGUUAUCAACCCUGCUUGACCGACAUUUCGCUUAUGUUUCGGACACCGAGAACUCUGCAUUCCGUACCAGGUUUGGGGUCACUACGUAUGCGUACUAUGAGCAGAAUCCUCUUAAGGGUGCUAGAUUUGCUCAGUCCAUGGACGCUUGGUCACGAAUGAACGGACAGAUUGCCGAACUGCACCGCAGUUUUCCUUGGGCUUCCUUGAAGAAUGGAAAAAUAGUGGAUAUCGGUGGUGGAUCAGGUCACAUAUCAAUCGGACUUGCUCGGGAAUUCCCAGACUUGCGCUUCAUCGUACAAGAUGUCUCGACAAAGAUGCUAUCCCAAGCACAAGAAGACAUUGUCGCCAGCCUCGGAGGUCGCGUGACAUUCCAGCAACACAGUUUCUUUGAACCUCAGCCCGUCCAUGAUGCCAAUGCCUUUCUUCUCCGACAGUGCUUGCACAACUACAAUAGCUCUGACUGCGUUGGUAUCAUCCGUGCGCUGGUUCCUGCGCUUGAGAAGUGUAAUGCCGGUCCACCAUUUCUGAUCAAUGAUAUUAUUUUGCCAGAGAGUGGUUCAACGACUCGCUAUGUCGAUCACCAUCUGCGUCAAGUCGAUUUGACGAUGAUGGUUACUCUUGGUGCAAAGCAGAGAACUGCGAGAGAGUUUGAGAAUCUAUUGAAACAGGCAAACGAACGGUUCGAGGUGGUUCGCGUCGCCCAGAACCCACUGGGUGCAGGUCUACUUGAAAGCUAUCUGAAGGUUGCUUGAUACAAUGUGGAGCUCCUCUAGAAUUGUUGAUGGGCGAGCAGAGCUUUUCGUACUUCGGAUGCAGUCGAGUCAAUCCAAUUAAACUCAUGCAGCAGAGCCUUAAGCACCUCGGAUGCAGUCGAGUCAUUUCAAUCUAAAUCAU